AUGAGCGGCAGAGAAAUCGGUAAUUAUGGGAGCGCGGUUCAGAUCCACAGAAACAGACCAGCUGAUGAGCGGCGUUUGAUUCGUCAUCCUGGAUUCUGUUUGAUGUUUAUCCGAUUAAUGAGACGCUCAAACAAAAAGAAACAAGCGAAACGCUUUGAUUUCAUCAGGAUUGUAGUCGAGGGUCUGUUCACAUCGUUUAGCUGCCAGCGGCGCCAAAACAUGUUCAGAUACUCCAACAACCACGACCAAUCAGGAGCUACGGGAACCAAAAAAGGAAAAACAACCACCGCCGCCGCCGAGGAAUACUGCAGCAACGCAACCGUACACAGGGAAGAGAGGGAGGGAGAAGAGGAGGAGAGAGGAAGAGAGGAAGAGACAGAGGAAGAGAGGGAGGAAGAGACAGAGGAAGGAGGAAGAGAGGAAGAGAGGGAGGAAGAGAGGAAGAGACAGAGGAAGAGAGGGAGGAAGAGGAGGGAGGGAGGAAGAGAGGAAGAGAGGGAGGAAGAAGAGGAAGAAGAGGAAGAGGGAGGAGAGAGGAAGGAGGAGGGAGGAAGAGAGGAAGAGAGGGAGGAAGAGGAGGAAGAGGAGAGAAGAAGAGAGGAAGAGAGGGAGGAAGAAGAGGAAGAAGAGGAAGAGGGAGGAGAGAGGAAGGAGGAGGGAGGAAGAGAGGAAGAGAGGGAGGAAGAGGAGGAAGUAUGUGGGAGAGAGGGAGGAAGAGGAAGGAGGAAGAGACAGAGGAAGAGAACGAGGAGGGAGGAAGAGAGGGAGGAAGAGAGGGAGGAAGGAAGAGGAGAGAGGGAGGAAAAGAGGAAGGACGAGAGGAAGGAAGAGAGAGGAUUGAGGAGAGAGGAAGCGGGGGAGGAAGAGGACAAGGAGGGUGAAGAGAGGAAGAGAGGAAGAGGAAUAGGAAGUAAAAAAAGGGAUGAACUAAUUCGUUGUAUUAAAUUAAAGGUAAAGAGACAGGACAUGUGACCUUUGACUGUGUGUGUGUGUGUGUGUGUGUGUGUGUGUGUGUGUCUGUGUGUGUGUGUGUGUGUGUGUGUCUCUUUGAUCGUCAGAUGAUCCUCCUGUCAGGACUUCGGACAUUCAGCCGUUUGUUUUUCAGCCCAGCUGGAUAAAGACCUGAACUGUUGGGGGGUCCAGGACCUGUGUGGGGGGGCUGCAGGUUUCAGGAGGUCUCAUGUCUGUUUGUGGUAAAUGUGUUUUUUUUAUUGGGAGCUUCUCUAAGAACAAAGUUACCCCCAGUGUUCACCACAUCAUGAACGGCAGCGAUUCUCGCCGUCCGCCAACUUCUAUCAGAUCAGUUUGUGAGGCGAAUUUCAUGGCGGGCAGCAGGAAUCACAAGAACCCUCAGAUUCACGUUCAAUCACUCGAUAAUGAGUUGUCUCUCUAAAGACAGACACAUAGACAUAUAAGCAGUAGAUUGUGUCCUUCCAGAGGACUUCUAGAAUCAGCAUCUCCUCAUCCAUGGUGUCAUCGGGGUGAAAUGACGUCUAAAAACCUUUCACUUGUUCGUCUCCGCCCGUUUGCAUGGUGUGAAAUACGAUCCUCCUGAAACACGGAGUGUUUUAUUUUGAAAAGAAGACAGAUGUUUUAUUUUGUGUCUGUGCCCGACUUCCUUUCCAGCACGGGUUAAUCUGUGCUGAAUUUAUCCGCCAUGCUCCGGCGUCCAGAAAAAAUAGAACUCUUGUGAUCAGCUGAGGAGUCCGGCGAUCCUCAGAGGAACGGAAAGAAGUCGGUGUAAAUUGACACGUUAACUUGAAUGUUUACGAUCAGCUACGAUCGGAGGAUACGACCUUUUAGGAGACGAUCAGGAUGAAGGUGGAGGUCGGAGGUUAUUUUCAACUUCUGCAUGUUUGACCUUUGACCUCUGUGUCAGUUUUGACAGACAGGUCGACUGGUGGAGGAUGCCAGUCUAUCAGACAGCAGCUCCGGUUCUGGAGGCUGAGCGCGGGGCUCUCAGGGCCGCACGUCGGGGGCCGGGGGGCCGGCGUGUGAAGGUGGAGGGCGGGUUAAGUGUGAGGUAAUUGAAGCGGGGCUUUUGUAGGACUCUGCUCUGAAUCCACAGGAGGGGGGGGGGGGCUUUAAUGAAUGGAGGCCGUCAUUAAAAUGAUCAGUAUUUCCUCUGAGAUCACUUCCAAUUUAAAUGUGCGGGGAAAAGAGAAAAGGACUAAUUGAAAGAUCUUUUUUUCUUCUUCUUCUGCCAUUCAAAGUGUAAAUUUGGACCCUGGGAGAAGAAGAAGAAGAAGAAGGAGGAGGAGGAGGAGGAGGAGGAGAAGGAGGAGGAGGAGAUUGUUUGUAGCUUUAGCUCACUAGUUCCAAUUACUGGUCUUUGUGCCGCCGUUAAAGCCGUGAGGGAGCGAGAGACGCACACGUUUAACCUCAGACAGGAACAGACGGCCGCCAUGUUUUCUUUAGAUCAGGGCGAGAAUCAGAGAGAUGGAGGCAGCAGCUGCAGGAACCUCCAUCAUCACAGCGACAGGUGA